CAUACAAUGUGACAACACUUCCAAUCUACUCAGAACAACCCUCUCUCUCCAGCAGAGAGUCUCACCUCCUGAUAGAGGAUCAUCAAGCCCUGCUGACUGGACCUCAGCCUGCCUGCAGGAUUAAAUUGCAAGGCUUUCACUCUUCCUCACCUUGCCUGGAGGCAAAUCUCUUCUGCGGAAUCUCAGAAAAUCAAAUUCCAUCCUAAGAAUAUUUCACCAAGAAUUUCUUUAGAAGCUGUGCUGGGGUUCUACGAUGAUACACCAACCACUUGUGCUGCCACCUGUCAAAACUUUGGAUGGCCCUACUUUCAGGUCAUGACCUUGAAUUUAAGAAAUUCUUCAGUACAAUGUCCAAUAUGAUCCGAGGGAAAAUGUGAUUUGAGUCUGGAGACAAUUGUGUAUAUCAACUAAUAAUAAAAACCCAGUAUAGCUGAUAGAAGAAAAAACGUUAUUUGGAAGAUUGCUAUAGUUAAAAAGAAAAGCUGUGUCUAGUUUGAUUUAUAUUUUAUAGCAUAUUUCAUUUUGGCUUCAAUGAUGGAGAAAAAGUGUAUCCUGUAUUUACUGCUAAUCUUGCCUUUCUUUAUGAUUCUUGACAUAGCAGAAUCAGAAGAGAACAUUGAAGACUUAAGUCAGUUGGGUGUCUAUACUAGAAAUAAAAUCAUGACAGCUCAAUAUGAAUGUUACCAAAAAAUUAUGCAAGACCCUAUUCAACAAACAGAAGGCAUUUACUGCAACAGAACCUGGGAUGGGUGGUUAUGCUGGAACGAUGUUGCCGCCGGAACCGAGUCAAUACAACACUGCCCUGAUUACUUUCAGGACUUCGACCCAUCAGAAAAAGUUACAAAGAUCUGUGACCAAGAUGGAAACUGGUUUAGACAUCCAGAAAGCAACCGAACAUGGACAAAUUAUACCCAGUGUAAUGUUAACACACAGGAAAAAGUCAAGACUGCACUGAAUUUGUUCUACCUGACUAUAAUUGGACAUGGAUUAUCUAUUGCUUCACUGCUUAUCUCGCUUGGCAUAUUCUUUUAUUUCAAGAGCCUAAGUUGCCAAAGGAUUACCUUGCACAAAAAUCUAUUUUUCUCUUUCGUUUGUAACUCUAUUGUAACAAUCAUUCAUCUCACUGCAGUGGCCAACAACCAGGCCUUAGUGGCCACAAAUCCUGUUAGUUGUAAAGUGUCUCAGUUCAUUCACCUUUACCUGAUGGGCUGUAACUAUUUUUGGAUGCUUUGUGAAGGCAUUUACCUACACACACUCAUUGUGGUGGCUGUGUUUGCAGAGAAGCAACACUUGAUAUGGUAUUAUUUUCUUGGCUGGGGAUUUCCACUGAUCCCUGCUUGUAUACAUGCUGUUGCAAGAAGCUUAUAUUACAAUGACAACUGCUGGAUCAGUUCUGAUACCCAUCUCCUCUACAUUAUUCAUGGUCCAAUUUGUGCUGCUUUACUGGUGAAUCUUUUUUUCCUAUUAAAUAUUGUACGUGUUCUCAUUACCAAGUUAAAAGUUACUCACCAGGCAGAAUCCAAUCUCUACAUGAAAGCCGUGAGAGCUACACUUAUCCUGGUGCCAUUACUGGGCAUUGAAUUUGUGCUGAUUCCAUGGCGACCUGAAGGAAGGAUUGCAGAGGAGAUAUAUGACUACAUCAUGCACAUCCUUAUGCACUAUCAGGGUCUUUUGGUUUCUACAAUUUUCUGUUUCUUUAAUGGAGAGGUUCAAGCAAUUCUGAGAAGAAAUUGGAAUCAAUAUAAAAUCCAAUUUGGAAACAGCUUUUCCCAUACAGAUGCUCUUCGAAGCGCAUCUUACACAGUGUCAACAAUCAGUGAUGGUACAGGUUACAGUCAUGACUGUCCUAGUGAACACUUAAAUGGAAAAAGCACCCAUGAUAUUGAAAAUGUUGUCUUAAAACCAGAAAAGUUAUAUGAUUGAUAAUCGAGGGAGUACUGCUUAACUAUUUUGUGCCACUCCUAACUAAGGGACUUGGAUCCAUGACUUUAUGACCAGAAGACUUCAAUAUUCAAUGAAUUUCUUGAAUGCCACAAAGAAAACCCUCACAUCGAUUCAGUAGUGUGUUGUGAAAUGUUUAACAACUAGCUCUUGAGGAGAAAAAAAAACCUGAUUUAUAAUGUUUUCCAGUUUCUGUGGUGUAUUCCCACCAUGCCUGAUUUCAAGUUACCAAUUUGACAUUACUAAAUGUGAAAUUGGGAAAAUAUGAAUACAAUCAACUCUUAGAGGCUGAUAUGUAUCAGCUCUCGUACACCACCGCGUGAAUUCACAAAUGAGUAACUGUAAAAGUUCAUAUACACAUUGGGCACAAUUGUACUCUUAUUGACUAAAGAGAGCUAGGUAAGGCCUCCAGACUCAGAGGGAAAAUUAGUUUUUCAUUUGUUUGUUUUUAAAAUCUUUAUCCCAUAUUCAUUGGUAUGCUUAAUUUUUUUCUUUUUUUCUUUUUUUUUUUACCCAGUAAAGUAUUCUAGCCCUUUUUGUAUUUACCCUUUCAAAUGGACUGGAUAAAGUAGUAAUUAUUUCUGUUGGCUUACCCUUUUCUCUCCAAGAAAAGUGACUGAGCAGACCUGCUGUUGGCUACUCAUUGGCUGAUACGUCACAGUUAUAUCCAACGUCACAUUUGUUUUUGAGAUUUGAUGACUAGAAUGUAGGACGUGCAAUCCUACUUUGCUAUCAUUAGGGAGACAUCUUGGUUGAUGUUACACAAACACCUUGUUAGCUACUUUCCUAUCUUACUACACAAGUGGGAGGGAAUCAGUUUCCCUUUAUCUGUAAAUAGAAACUUUGCCCCUUCCAUUUCUACUGUGUAGACAAAUUAGCAAUUAUUUUACAUGAAGGAAAUCAGUGAAGGAUUUCUUGUUUUCUUGGAAGUUUGUAAAAAAAAUUGUGAAAAUAAGCUUGUAAAUACUCAUUCUAUUUUAUAGUCUCAAAUCAGUGCAUAUAGUCUAGAUAAGUUUUUUAAAAAACAAAUACAUAAUGUAACAAUGUAUGCUUGUUAAUAUCUGAUACUGUGUCUGGGCUGAUUUUAUAAUAAAAUAGAGUCUGGAAUUCUAUAUUUGGUAAAUAUUUUAAAGACAACCAGAUGCCAGCAUCAGAAGUUUGUUUGAGAACCAAGAGAACAGAAAUAUCUAUGAUACAAUAUAAAAUAUUUAUUAAAAAAAAAACUCAAGGCCACUGUUUCACUACAUUAGCUUAGGUGAGUCAUAACUUAAUAAUAGGUAUGUUUGACAUAUUUCUCCUUUUAUUUUGACGAUGAACUUGCAUUCUAAUCCAGAAACUUUAAAGAGUUCCUACGGUAAUAAAUGUCAAUCUGCCAUUCUUAUGUUUUUUACACAAGUAAAAAUAUUACUUUUCUGACUCUUACUGUAUAAAUAUAUACCGCUUUGGAAAUGUUCCAGACUAUUUAAAAUAUGAUACUAAAAAUCAGUGAAAGAUUUGAAUAAGUCAGUGAAGAAGAAUUGUUGUCAGAAUGUUUAGGGAGUAAUUAAAUUAAGAUGGAAGAAAGCCUUGCUAAUGAAUUAAAGUGACAUUUAAAUGGGAUUCAGUUUCCCUAAUGUUAUUUUCCACUCAAAUUUCUGAAAAAUGAAAUGCCUUCAAUUAGUAAAAGUCAAUUUGAGGAGGAGAAAUCACUAUGUGUAUGCGUUCUCCUAGUGUGUUAAUUUGUUUAAAAUGGGUUAAACUAAUGACUUAGUAAUCAUAGCUUCUUUCUUAAGCUGUCACUAGAUGGUGAGUUCAGAAGUCAUUUGAAAUUGUCUAGGAAAAUUAUCUAAUUAGUAAGAAUUAACAUAUUAAAAGGUCUGGUCAAUAGAUUUAUAAUUUAUCUGUAUACAUGCAAGGGUUUUACAGUUAGUUUCAAAUUUACAGAUUUUAUAGCAAGCUGUCUUAAGAAGGAAUGCAGAUUGUUCUGGACUUGCUACUGUCUAAAUUAUACAAAAAUCCCUCUAAAUAAACUCACUUUUUAGCUACUUAAUAUUCAAAGACACAGAUUCAAAUCCUUUGCUUGAUACUGUUCACAUAUUUCCUCAUUCUUCCAGACAAACUGUCAAGUCUCAACCAUAAAUGACAGUAGAAAAUGUCAAAUUCUCCAUGAGCAUUUUAUAAAAAUUAUACUGUAAUUUCCCCAGUAUUUUUUAUCGUGCUUUUAUCAUAUUAAGUUCAGAUCAGGUUUCCUUUCCAGCCAAGAAUCAUCUAUUGCACAGUCUUCAGGUGAAAGCAUCCAAUAAUUACUCAGUGUUAGUUUUGUACCCAAAUUUUUUUAUGAGUAAUAUUUUUCAAUAUUAGGCCUCUCUAAAGCUUAAGUGCUAAUUAAGAUCUCCUUUAUAUCUUAAGGAUCUUAUAUCUUAUUUAUGAAGAAAAGAUAAAAUCAAUACUUUUUAAAAGGGAACUUUUUUGGUAAUUAAAAACUAAUUGGGGGAAUUUCUAACUUAAAUGUAGACCUGCUAUUAUUCUGUACUUGUGAAAGUCACAUUUUAAUUAAAAAAAUCCUAAUCGGUCCUUUUUUAAUUUUUUAAAGUUUUUUUUCCAGUGCAUUUAUUUGUAAAACAUCCAUUCUGAAAUUUGGUGUUUGCUCAAAUGUAAUCCAGUGUACAAAGAAUUAGGGGUAGGUGUAGUGCUGUAAUUAUUGCUUAUAAUUUUUAAAAAUGUGAACUUAUUUUAAUUUUCUUUUGGUUUUAAACGGCUAAUAGAAACCACCAUUUCUUUUAUCUGUAUGUCAUAAAAAAAUAUUCUGAUCAAUUAAAAUAAGUCAUGUUAUGUCUACUUAAUGUAUAUCUUUAUUUUUUGACUGUAUGAAAAUAUUAAAGGUGUGAGUUAAAGAUGAUUUUCACUCAUGUACUGAAGUGCUGAAUAAUUUAUAAACAUAAUUCUUUACAGCUGUCAGUGGAAUACUACUUAAAAUCAAUGACUAUCUCUAUUACCCUCUUUAAAAUCUUCAAUAAACCAGUAAAACAUCUCAUAAACCAAUUUUUUAAAAAUUACGAAUUUGAAAAAAAAUUAUGGAUUUGUUUUUCAAGCUCAAAAACUCCAAAUAAACUACAACAUACUCAAAUUCCUUCCUAGGCUGAAAGAAGG